CCUAGAUAAGGUUGAAACGAGGUAGCGAGAAGUUAUUGAAACUGUUAAUCUAAAAAUUUUAUUUAAACAAAUGUUGAAUUUUUGGUUGAAAAUGAAGACAAUCGGUACGGGAAAUUUUGAAGUGGUUUUAAUUCUGCUGAUAGUGCUCACUAUAAGCACUUGCCACCCGGUUAGCAACCCUAAGCUGCAUCAAUCGCUCCCGAGUGCAGAUUGGACCGACGGGGGCGGAGCUAAAUUCGGAACAGUUCACCAGGCGGAAAAUGAACGGUUUAAACGGGAGAUUUUGUUCCGCCCGAUUGCUGUCUAUUUGGAGCUACAGCCAGCUCAGCGUCAGCAGCAGACUUUGGAAAGCUCAUCCCCCACGCAUGCAUGAAAACAUGAUGGUAGCAUGCGGGAAAGCAUAAUCGCUUGGGUGCAACGGAACGCCGUUGUUGGUGUAGUUUGCACUGGUGUAAAGCUCACUAGCAGAUUGGGAUCUGCGUAUAGACCAACAAAGUCCGGGAAUGUACGUAUCAGGAGUGCUUGAACUGACAUGUUUAGUACUGUAAUACAGGAAAACUAAAACUAAAUUGUCGAUUUUCUUAUUGACAGUGCUCUAGUAACAUCAAUGAAAGGUGCUCUAAAAGCUAGCUGAUAUAAGAUAACUUAGAUUUAAGGUAACCAAAGUAGUAUACUGUAUACAACUGUCGAAAAAAUGUUGCCAUGUUUUUGUGUAUACCGUUACAAAUAUAAUAGGGGUCUUCACAUCGAGCUCGUAUACGAAUACCCAGCCGUAAA